CUGCUAUGGUCGAACGAGUAGAUAGUGGCGGCAAGAGAGUGGAAGCAAUCAGAAAGAAUAAGAAACCAAUUGAAACACAAGCAACACAAACACGCGCUCAGCAGACACAACCACCACUGCGCUAUGCCAACCAACACGGGCGUCUUCAUGCACACAACAGCAGUGUAAAAUAAUAACAACAACGUAUUUACUAUACGAAACAGGGAGAGCGGCAAAAAACUCGAAAUUCAACUUGUCUAGUUAGCAAACUUCAAUCUAGUUUCGAACAGUUGACUGCAAAACGUCGAGUGGAAAGGUUGGCCCGAUUGGAUAAUAGUGCGCAGUGUCGACCGUCGAAGAAUCAGUCGUACAUUAAAAUUAAUCGUUAACAAGCAAACUAGAAGAACAAAAACACACAAACUGCAAUGAAAAAAAUGAAAACUAUUUCAUACUAGCGGCGAACAGUGAAGAGUGAAGGCGUGCGCUAACAUAACUACAUAUAUACACACGCAUAGCUUAGAUCGAGUGAAGUGAAACGUUGAGUUGUGCGCAAGGUUGCUACAAAAAAUAAAUGAAGCGGUUAAUCAGAGAGAAUAUUGAGGAGAGUCAUCGUUUGUUAGAGGUUUGUUGCAGCGCAACUCGAUUCGUACGACUAACUGAUUUGUGAUUUGAUUGAUUUCAAUUUUUGUGUCGGCUGUUGGCUGCCCGCUGUCAGUUCUCAGCUAACUGCAAACGUGCUUAGAUGUCGGGAAACUAGUUGUUGCUAGGCUUGUUAGACGCUCUUGAAUUAGCUCAAUUUUGGAAAAAUAAAAAUAAUACAAACAUAGGAAAGAAGAAGAAGUGACACUCAAAAGAAAAACAACAUAACAGCAAAUAUUUCUGUGGUGAAUUUACGCAAAAAGUGGUGAAAAAAUAAAACAUUUUCUAAUUAUUCUGUAAAUUUUUUUAAAAGUGCAAAACGUAAGCUUAGCGCACCAGUUCUAGUUCUUUGUGUUUGUACCCGCCGGUAAACACCAACGACAAGCAAAUACCGUUUUUAUCACUUCGGCUUAACGGAACAUGCUUUGUCCGCUCACCAUGCGUCCCGCUAGCCCUGCUGAAUCAGAAAUUUCCGUUGGUGGUGCACCCAGCCCACUGCCUCACCACAACCAGCACCCCCAUCAGCCGCAUUCGCAUUCGUCGCAUCAUCGCAGCACCAUCGACCUGCUGCAGCAUCAGCAAAUGUUGAUGCAACAACAUGCGGCCGCCGCCGCUGCAGCCGCUGCUGCCGGACUGACACGUACCGGUGCGGAGGAGUAUUUUCAACCGCUGAAACGUUUACGUAUGUCCAGUGAAAUGGACGAAUCGUCAAUUGCGAAUCGCACACCAAGUCCGGUGCAAACGCAUGGCUCCACACUACAACCGCCCCCACCCUCAACCACGUCUACCAUCACUGCAACCACGAACGCCGGCGCCAACGCGAGUGCAGGCGGCACUGCAGUCAAAUCGAAUAUUGAAGGUGUGAAAAGUUUUUCCAUAGCUGAUAUUUUGGGUCAUGAAAAGCGUGCCACAUCCACUUCACCACCCUCAGUGCCACCACAUCAGCAGCAUUCAUCGAGUACACCCACACGUCCUCUACUAAGUGCCAGUAGUCUGCUGCAACCACGCGCCGAACCAUUGGAUAUGGUGAGCGCUGCAGCAGCGGCUGCCGCUGGUAUGCCACAUCCUAUGCUCUUGCCCGGUGCGCAAAUUGUACGUCCAUGGGAUCAUUUGUUGGGACCAAUGCCGGUACGCCCGUUCAUACCUUCAGCGCUGUUGCACUAUGAGCAGCGAUUGGCAUUGGACUAUCAUCGCCAGCUGCAGGAACACUUCAAUGCACAAGCGCAGCUGCUGCGGCACAUGGGUAUGGAUAUGAUACCGUCUGAGAGUGGUUCGGAACGCUCCAGUUCGGCGGCUAGCGAUUGUUGCUCGCCAGAAAUCGCACGCUCGUCGGGGGAGCCAGCCAACGCGGCAGCGCAAUCUGCGUCAGGUGCAUUGGGUGAUCGAGAUCGCGACCGUGAACGCAUUUCACAUACCUCAACGUCAGGAAAUGGUGGUGGCAGCGGUGGUAGUGCCGGUGGCAGUGGGUGCAACAACGAUAAUCCGCCGACCAAUGGCUCGAACGCAAAGACCAAAGCAAAUGGAACGCCUUUAGAUGCACUCUUUCAGAUGACAACAAAAGACUUUGAUGACUCACAAGAUAAAUCACAUUUGGAUAUCUUUUCGAAUCGUCCACAACCAAAAAAGAAACGCAAAUCCCGCACAGCUUUCACAAAUCAUCAGAUAUUCGAAUUGGAAAAACGUUUUCUCUAUCAAAAGUACCUGUCACCGGCCGAUCGCGAUGAGAUUGCCGCCGCACUGGGUCUGUCCAACGCGCAGGUGAUCACUUGGUUCCAAAACCGGCGAGCAAAACAAAAACGCGAUAUUGAGGAGUUGAAGAAGGAUUUCGAUAGUGUAAAGGUAUUCUCUGCGCAUAAGUCCUUUCUGGAGAAUGUCAACGAUCUCAGCAUAUUGAAGAAGAAGCCCAUGCAUGAGGCGGAUGCAAUGGUCGGGCUUGCUGCGGCCGCAGCAGCCGGUAUGGUGCCUGUAUCAUCUGCUGCCGCAGCAGCGGCUGCCGCACAGGCUGCAUUAAAUACACAAAAAUGAAUGAAUGGGCGCACAUUGCGCCAUAAAUACAUUUUCACACAACCAACUGCGUGAGGGGAUGAGAACAGCAAAUGAAGAAUUGUCAAAUGUUAUGUGGAUGCGUUGCACUGCAAGAGAGGAGUGAGGAGUAUGGAAUUGUCCAUGCCGUAAGGAAAACUAAAAACCAUUGAAAUACAAAACCAAAGCUAUCAGCACAUGAAGUGAAGCGCUCGCUUAGCGGCAGCGCGAUCUGCAGAAGGAUCUAUAAAUCCACAAAAGAAAAAACCAUAUUUACCCAGCGUCACCACGUGGCUGUGCCAUUAGAGGUUGGUGCGCAGAAUUUUAUAAUUUAUCAUUCCAUGCUUUUUCACCGAAUGGCAGAGUUCAAUCCACAAAACUUUACGACAACCAAAUACUCGUUAGUCCAACAUUGCGCCCUAAAAGCAAACAAGUUCUCAAAGCAGUCUCGUAAAUAUCGCACGACAGUUUGCACAGAUGUCGUCCGCUGUGGCGGCAUUAACUUAAGACGUGUACAUCGAGAGCCAUGAAUGGGUUCGUUGAAGAGCCUGGCUGAAUGUUGGCAACAAGCUGAAAUGCAGAAGUCUCAGACGCAAAUUUAUAUAACGCUUUUAAGUAAAUUUUAUGGCAAUUUAACUAUGGAACGAAUUGAGAAAAAGAAAGACUUUAAU